CGUUUGGGACAUGGUACGAGUUAGAGAUUCUCUCCCCAAUUUUCCUUAUUCAUUCACUGUUGCUUCCACUUAAUUAGUGGGAACUGAGAAAGAUAACGUCUUCUCCAUUAAUACCCACCAGCCAAAUUCUGUACUUUUGCUCAUUUCCUGUUUUCUGGGUUCUUCUUCUUCUUGCUCUCUAAUGGCGCUCUGUGCAUUCUCAUUCCCUGCUCAUGCCAACCGAGUUCCAGAUCCUGCAAAGUUCAGUUCUUUUUCCGCUACGGGAAGAGAUCUGCUUUCCCUGUCUCCCCACAACGUCAAUCAGUCCAAGAGAAGGGGUAAUGGUGGGGUUUAUGCAUCAUUGUCAGAAAGAGGGGACUAUCAUUCUCAGAGUCCCCCAACUCCUCUCCUUGAUACCAUCAACUACCCAAUUCAUAUGAAGAAUCUUUCACUCAAGGAGCUGAAACAACUGGCAGAUGAGCUGAGGUCUGAUGUGAUCUUCAAUGUCUCCAAGACUGGAGGCCACUUAGGCUCCAGCCUUGGUGUUGUGGAGCUCACUGUGGCUCUUCACUAUGUCUUCAAUUGCCCUCAGGACAAGAUUCUUUGGGAUGUAGGCCAUCAGUCAUAUCCACAUAAGAUCCUGACUGGGAGAAGAGACAAGAUGCACACCAUCAGACAGACAAAUGGACUUGCUGGCUUCACAAAACGGUCUGAGAGUGAAUAUGAUUGCUUUGGAACUGGUCAUAGCUCCACAACUAUCUCUGCUGGCUUAGGAAUGGCUGUGGGAAGGGACCUAAAGGACAGAAAGAACAACGUAGUUGCUGUGAUCGGUGAUGGAGCGAUGACAGCUGGCCAGGCUUAUGAAGCCAUGAACAAUGCUGGUUACCUAGACUCUGAUAUGAUUGUGAUUCUCAAUGACAACAAACAAGUCUCUUUACCUACGGCUUCUCUCGACGGACCUAUACCACCCGUUGGAGCUCUGAGCAGUGCACUCAGUAGACUGCAAUCGAACAGGCCUCUCAGGGAACUAAGAGAAGUUGCUAAGGGAGUCACAAAACAACUUGGUGGACCGAUGCAUGAAUUGGCUGCUAAGGUUGAUGAGUACGCUCGUGGGAUGAUAAGUGGUUCUGGAUCAACCCUUUUCGAAGAGCUUGGUCUUUAUUACAUUGGUCCAGUUGAUGGACACAACAUAGACGACCUUGUGUCAAUCCUCAAUGAGGUUAAGAGUACCAAAACAACUGGUCCAGUCUUGAUCCAUGUUGUGACAGAGAAAGGCAGGGGAUAUCCCUAUGCUGAAAAGGCUGCUGACAAGUACCAUGGAGUGGCCAAGUUUGAUCCAGCAACAGGAAAGCAAUUCAAGUCAAGCGCUCUUACUCAAUCAUACACCACAUACUUCGCAGAGGCUCUAAUUGCAGAAGCUGAAGCUGACAAAGAUAUUGUAGCAAUCCAUGCAGCAAUGGGUGGUGGGACCGGGCUGAACAUGUUUCUUCGCCGGUUCCCUACUAGGUGCUUUGACGUUGGGAUAGCAGAGCAACAUGCGGUCACAUUUGCUGCCGGGCUAGCAUGUGAAGGACUCAAACCAUUCUGUGCUAUAUAUUCAUCUUUCAUGCAGAGGGCUUAUGACCAGGUAGUCCAUGAUGUCGAUCUUCAGAAGCUUCCUGUCAGAUUUGCAAUGGACCGAGCUGGGUUAGUUGGAGCUGAUGGACCAACACAUUGUGGAGCUUUUGAUGUCACUUUCAUGGCAUGUCUUCCCAACAUGGUGGUCAUGGCUCCUUCAGACGAGGCAGAGCUUUUCCACAUGGUCGCUACUGCUGCUGCUAUAGAUGAUCGCCCCAGCUGUUUCCGGUACCCGAGAGGUAAUGGUUUGGGAGUCGAGUUGCCACCUGGAAACAAAGGAGUUCCCCUUGAGGUUGGUAGAGGGAGGAUACUUAUGGAAGGGGAGAGAGUGGCACUUCUGGGAUAUGGAACAGUAGUGCAAAGCUGUCUGGCAGCUGCCUCGUUAGUCGAACCUCAUGGAAUCCGGCCAACGGUUGCAGAUGCUAGAUUCUGCAAGCCCCUGGACCAAGCAUUGAUCAGGAGGUUGGCAAAAUCACACGAGGUUCUGAUCACUGUUGAAGAAGGAUCCAUUGGUGGGUUUGGCUCCCAUGUCGUGCAAUUCCUAGCUCUCGAUGGACUUCUUGAUGGCAAUCUCAAGUGGAGACCACUGGUUCUCCCUGACCGGUACAUCGACCAUGGGGCACCAGGUGACCAGAUGGUGGAAGCUGGUCUCACACCGUCUCACAUUGCAGCAACUGUGCUCAACAUACUGGGACAAAAGAGGGAAGCACUGCAGAUUAUGUCUUAGGUGCAGAGAAGCAAGAGAUCUUAUUACUUAGAGAAAAUGUAUAGAACUGUGAGUGAUGUGGGAAGUGUAGGAAUUUCACUGUAAGCUUCCAGCUUUUGUAUAAAGAGAGAAUGUAUUAGUUCUUCUACAUACCGGAAGAAAGUUUCCAACCUUUUUUGUGAGUUCAAAAGCUUGUGGAGGAAUGUGAUAGCAGUCAUGGUCCAGUUGAGUUAAAUAUCAAAGCUUCUUCCUUUCCUGCUGUUUCAGCAGAAGGGUAUUCACUACUGGUAUGACUUUGUAUAUUGUGAUGAAACCAAAGCAGGGAGACACGAUUAUAACAGCUUCUGACUGGCUAAAAGAUGUCUUAACAUUUUGUAUACUAGAACAACUAUGUAGAUCAUGAACUGGUACUAAGUUGACAUUCUAAGCCUGAUAAAGGAAGUUUCAAUGGUGCAAUGAAACAAGAGGAAGGUGGGGCGGUGGAGCUGAGUGAAAACGAGGAGGGGAGUGGGUUAGUGUCAUGAACAAGUUGAUCCCAAUAACUCGAGUUGUUGGGAGAAGUUCAAUCGUGAUCAUAUACCACAACACUAACAGUUAGGACAAUGGAGAGGGGCGUGUGAGCAAGUGACACGAUGCAAGGAAAGGGAAAAAGGAAGUGGGCAAGAAAAGCAAGAGAGGUUUUGUGCCAACAAGUCGAGUUGACUUGGGAAUGUGGUGGUGAAAUGGUGAGUGAGUGAGUGGAUUAGGUUUUCCGGUGGAUUCAGUUGGCUCAUGUUCAUGCACCAACACAACAAAUAUGGGGAUAAUAACGAAUUGUGGACAGUGGCCAGUUGGGGGAACGCGCUGUUGUUGGUGAUGCACGUUCAAAAUAACAAGUGGCAUAGCAUAGUUUUGUAUUCAAGUUUGGCACAAAAUUUACUUUCUAUUGUAGAUAGGGAUGAUAUUGGACGGGAAAUCAAAGAAGCGACUCAUAGUCUUUGACAAAAAAAAAAAAAAAAUGGUAUUGGACGGGUCACUCGUCAAGCUCCUCAUAAAGAGUUUGGGUGAGAUGCUUCCAAUUAGACACACCACAAUUUGAGCCGUCAAAAUCGUAAAUUCAUCCGCUACGUUAUCUUAAACUCCUCUGUCUCUACAAUCUUCCUCUGUCAUCUCCUUAGUUCUCAAUAAAAUUCCUUCUUUAUAUCUUGGGUAAAAUUAUGAUCUGAUACAUCCAUUCACUGAUUUCUAUAAGAAGUAUUGUGAAAUCUUUGAUUACCAAUAUUUAUUUCCAACUUCAAGUUUAUUUCUUAACUAAUUAUCAACUGAGGUUCCUCUAUUUUCUGUCGAAUUUCUUCAUCUAAAUAUUUGACUUUCAUCGAUAUGUUCUUACGUAGUCCCAAAGUCCCCAAUACCGACACACAUUAAUGCUACUAGUUAAUUAGCCCGUGCUACGCAACGGGUUUGAGUUAAUUUAUGAAUUGUGAUGAUUAACCAAGGAUAAAAGUAUCCAAUAAUUUUUUUAGAAAAAAUCCCAAAUAUCAAAUAUGUAAGGCUUGACCCUAUUGAAAAUAUGAAAAUUUUAAUUUUACCAUGUUAGAGAAAAUAAGUGAAAGUACCGAAGCAAUAACUAAAUAAUGGAUAUUAGAAAAGGAAAUAUGUUAACUUGAAAAGGAUUUUCAGUAGAAUGAAAAAUAAGUAACGAUGACGGAUAUACAAAUCUUCAACAGAUAAUGCCAGUUCUAAUAGUGCACUACUUGAAAAGUAGUGAUAUCCAAGGCCAAACGACUAAUCGAGUGCUUCAAGUAAUCGUAAGUCCACUAAAGAGAUCUUAAAUUCGGAUGGAAUAGGUAAUAAUGACAUGGUUUGGGUGGUUGGUUACAAUAUAAGGAAUAAAUUCGC